CCGGGCGCCGUCAUAACUAUGCCAAACCUGUAGUCGGCAGUGUAACGAGAAGGAUAAAGACAUGCAAACCAAUCAGAAGUCUCAAAACCAACAACAACUACGAAAAACACGACCAACUUCCUUUUCCUUUAGAGAGUAAAUAUGGCGCGAGGUUCAUUUGUAUGGACAGACAGCGAAGUGGAGCUGCUGCUUCGAGUCGCCUUAGAUUAUAAGGCAAAUAAAGCACUCGAUAAUGUGGAUUGGGAAUCAUGCCAAACUAAAUAUAGGGAUAUGUUGGCAUUGUUCUUAGAACAGUACCCGUCCGAGGAGUAUCCUCAUGUCAAGGAGGAAAUAACUCGGGCGCACCUAAGCAAACUAACUGUAAACAUAGGACGCUCACAUGACGUGAAGCAUUUUUAGUCGCAUACUGUGACGUUUGACAACCUAAAACUCCGUUUGACUUAGUUCACACGCAAACACAAAAACUGAGUUUUCAGAAAUCUCCACUUUGGCCGGAGUUUUUCGAAAUGAUCGUUUUCCGUGAUAAAACCUCCGUUUUUGUGUAAAUGAAAGGCCAAAACGCAUGAAAAUAUAUGCAUUUUCCCAUCGUGUAAACGGGGUCUUAGUUAUGCUCCUCAAGAUCAUUCGAACACAUUUAUCAAUUUGAUGCUUUUACUUUGCCUUUCCUAUGCUUUGGUUUUCAUUAACGGUGACGUCCGUCUUUCCCUUGAGGGAUUGGAAGGCUCUACAGGAAAAAGUUUCAUUAGUCGGGGAAAACAGUGUUGAGCGUGUUCUUGAAGGUGCCGGUGUGUCAGCAUCGCUUGCCCUCUCAGCCCACGCUUUGUUUGGUAACCACUGAAAGCAGAUCUGAUCUCUGGGUGCCGUCCUAUCAAAGCGUGUUUGCCAUUUCCACCACUAACCACAGCCGGUGCCGGAUGCACCACGGCUGAAAUCUUACAGAUUCUAACUUUUCAGUAUGGAUCUCAGUCCAAACUAUUAAAAUGCAUAAAGUAAUUGCAAGAAGGACUGGGCAUCCAACGUGCCAUAAAGGUCGGUAGGUUUACACGCUAUGCUUAACCACUACACGUGUGUUUAACGAGGGUUUCAGCGGCGAGUCCGCUAUUAAACCGCCAAGCGAUAAGAAGUGAAUUAUGUGUGGACGGAAGAAGUCGCACUGUGUUGCUCCGGAUGUACCAUCUUGAAACUGGAACGUCCGUGCGUUCAACCCCUCCCCCCCCCCCCUCGAUUUAAAAGCGGGAAAUAAGACAAUGCCGUGCUAAACAGUGUGUGUGUGUGUGUGUGUGUGUGUCACAUGUGAGUUCCUCCUGGGUAGUCAGGUGUUUCAUUUCUCUGAUUCACGUGCCGUUUGUGACGGCUGUCCGCAGCAUCGUACCCAGCUGCCCGCCCUCUCUUUCUGUCUUGCAAUUCAACUGAUGUUAUCAAAUAUAUUAAAUGACAGUAAAGAUUAUAUAAAUUCCAGUAUAAUGUGGGAGGGGGGGAAGCAGGUGUAGGGGGGGGAUACAUUUCAGUGUUCUGUAUCCCUAUGAAUGAUACAAAAUAAACUUUGACAAUGCACCUUUGCAAAAGCCUGAUUGCGGUGGUGUUGCUGCUUCUUACUGGGUUGAUUGUAUUCAGUCAGAUGUUGAACAUUAGCUUCGUCUAACUUGGGUUUGGUUGAGUCUUUCACUAAACUGAGAUUUAAUCCUGACUACAAACAGGUCGCACCACACAAACCAGUAGUUAGACCCAUGUGUAGCUAAUUGUUGCUUAGCUAAUUGAACUAGCUGACGGAGCUAACAUUAGCUGCUAAUACUUAUUUAGGCUAAAUAGUCAAGUUUAAUCUGCAACUGGGUCAACACGUCUGACUAGUUGGUCGAAAUGCUGUUUAACAAUGUUGUUUAAAGUGACAUUUCACAGAAUGAACACUGUAUUCUUUAAAUUACAAAAUGCUAUGCUAAAAGCUUAUUAGAUUCGCAUUACGGGAGAUUUUACACUCGUUCCAAACUGCCAGAAUGCGACUGUCUCUGACACAUAUUUCUCCAAGUCGGCUACUGACCUUGUGUUCUUUGGCCUGAACUGUGGCCGCUCUCGCAUGGCGUCAUUUUGUGUUCCUGCUUCAGUUUGAGAAGGCAGUGUGAUUACUUUUGCUUUGCGUCAUUGUCGUCCUUUACUUGAAUGGUCUUGUUUUGUUUAGCAUUGUUCCUAACGGAGUGAAAUGGAAGCAUUAAGUGGCAGCCAUGAUACGAGCAGGUCGAAAUGUCUCAAUGCUCAGGAAAAGAUACCUCAUUGCUUCCUUUAUUAUCUCCUUCAGCAUGGGGUAAUUGGAACCGUCCUUAACCAAAGAAAGAAGAUGAAUGAUGCAACACACGCUGGGCCGUUGUGAAGAUUUCGUCACUCAGACGUUUUAAAUUCCCAGUGACUUCCAUCUGUGAUUUGCAGCUUGCGUCUGUAUAUUUGGGCUCGCAUUUUUGUGUACUUUUGCUUGUUCUUGGACUAGAAUCAUCACUGAACUAUCUGCUGUACUCAGCGUCUAUUGUCUGUUGGCACCUCUCUCAAUGCCCUCUGACUCCCCCACUCAGCCCCUUUGUUUCUUUUGAAGACGUUGACUUUUUCAAAAAUAUAAUCAUUGUUGCAUUUUUUUUUUUUUAAAGCUCAGUAAUCCCCAGAAACAGCUGGUUGCUGUAGUUGGCAGCAAAUGUUACUCAAACGGGAGCAAAUAGGAGCACAUAUGCUGAGAACGACGGCGCGAUACACAUUGAGACCUGUUGAGUAUUUCCGGCAGCAGGACAGUGUUUUGGGUCUUGACUCUAAAUAAUCUACCGGGCCCAUGUUCAUGUUCAUGUGGCUCAUGUGUUGUUGUUUUUCUCAAUCGUUUUUUCACCUCCAUGCCUUUAUUCACAAUUCCUCUUGCGGUGACUGUUUUUUUUUUUGUUCGUUUAGUUUUCAUCCGCCAGCUAAUUUUAAACCAGACCUCGAUGGUUAUUUUGUAACACGAGGGUUUCGACGUAGUGUGUCCACAUUUUCUGAAGAAUCUUCAGCAACAGCGUCCACCACCCUCUUCCCCUCUCACCGGCUGUGUCUGUCUUCUCUACAGCAGUGGGAUGCCGUGGUUAGUUUAUUCUGUGCACCACUGCAACACAUCCAUCCACAAUUUGCACAAAAUAAAAGUGGUGUUUUUUAGUAGUUCUGGACAGAUUUAGUGCUGCUUUGAUUGUGCAGCAUUCGGGUUUGUGUGUGAGGAAGCAGUGUGGUUGUCGCCUCCGUGGUGUCACAGCUCAAACACUUCCUCGUCCUUCGUUGCUCUCAUCAUCCCACCGACCCGCAGAGAACAUCGACGACUUAUAAUCCACCUCAGCGUUCACUGACCUCCCAUGUGAGACGCUGACUUCACAUUGUCUCAUAAGAUUUUAAUCUCAGUUACAUUAUUGGUGUGAAGUUUGUGACCUGAAGAAGAACUUGUGGGAUGUAAAAAUCUGAUCUAUUUGAUUUUUGGGUGUUGCGAGGUUCUUCCCACCAAUUGAGCGAUGCCUCGUUCUUUCUUGGUGAAGCGAGGAGGGCUGCACCACCUUGGGAAAAAGGCGGGGCACCGGGAUACUUCCCUGGAGUACUCCACAUCAGAAACACCAGAUAAUAACGCAGCGCAGGAGCUUCCUGCUGCCACCCAGUCUCAUGGAAACUGGAGACCUGCUGAGCCUUGCAGUUCGCUCAUCCCAAAUGCUUUUAGCGCCGUGGAGAAAGUCGAGUCUCCCCCUUCCACACCAGCGUUACGGUCCAGACCUCAUGUGAUCUCAGGAUAUCCAGACAAACUGGCUGUGGGGCUGGGAGACUUGACACAGCACGCUCACAUCCCGAGGAAGACCAGGAGCAGCGGCUGCUCGAAGACCAGUGCUCCCAGGCAGGAGUGUCCACUCUGUGGCAAAAUAUUUUCAUGUCUGUCGAGUUUGAAGACUCACAUAUGCAAGAAUCAUGGAGGCCGAGAACCAGCACACGGGAAGUCCAGCAGGACAGACAUUGAGCGGUCACCAUGCGGGGGCAAGGAGAGGACGUUUGGCUGUACGGUGUGUGGGAAAGUGUUCAAGCGCUCCUCCACCCUCUCCACUCAUCUGCUCAUACACUCGGACACGCGGCCCUACCCCUGCCAGUACUGUGGCAAACGGUUCCACCAGAAGUCCGACAUGAAGAAACACACUUUCAUACACACUGGCGAGAAGCCCCACGUGUGUCAGAUAUGUGGGAAGGCGUUCAGCCAGAGCUCCAACCUCAUCACCCACAGCCGGAAACACAUGGACGACCGGCCCCACCGCUGUCCUCGCUGCCACGACGGCUUCCAGCAACGUGGGGACCUCCGGCAGCACCAGGAGCAGCACUGCACCUACCGCUGACUCGGACUCAACGCCGAGGCGGCAUCGGCAGCCUUUUUUUGUAUGUUCUCUUUUUUUAAACAACCAACGGAAACACCGUGUCAAGAGCAAAAAAGGAUAAAUGUCAUCACGUGAUUGCUUUCAAAAGAAUGAAUGUUACUCCUGAAGCUGCUUCAGUUCAUGGGAGAUUCCCCCCAUUUGAUGUCUGCAUCCUCUCUGCAGAUCUCUCAUGCAAAGUUCACAGUGAGCGCAAUAAACGGAGACAUCAUUUGUG